CCCUCAGUCCACUUGUACUUCGGAAGGGUGCUUGGUGGCCUAGCUGCGACGUCCCGCCAUGCUGCCUGUGUUAAGAUGGUAUGAGAGUUGAGAUCUACUGUGCGAGAAAAGCUACAAGAGCAGCGGGAGGGACCCCACGUCCACAGCAAUUAGAGGAACAGAAGAGGUCCAGUAUCAUCAGGGAAUAGUAACGACAUGGCCACCGACAGCCAAACAAUCAUCGACGUGCCUGUGGUCAUCAUCGGAGGCGGCGGCUGUGGUUUGAACCUGUCCAUCUUUCUGUCGACAAAGGAGAUACCGCAUGUCUUAUUUGAAAAGCACAGGGAUACCUCGAUCUUGCCGAAGGCACACUAUCUCAACCAGAGGAGCCUGGAAAUCUUCCGUGUUCAUGGCUAUGCGCACCGCAUCAGAGAACAGAGUGCCCCCAACCGUUGUAUGAGCCAGGUGACCUUUUCAUCAUCACUGGGGGGCACGGGCCCAUAUGACCGGAAGCUCUUUUUUGCCAGCCCGUCCUUCGGCGGUGAUGAGGGUUCUGAACUGCUUCAUAAGUACCUACUUGUCGGGUCUGAAAGACCUGCGAAUUUGCCACUUGUCCGGUCUGAGCCGAUCUGGAGAACAGUUGCAGAGGAGAGGAACCCCGGGAAUAUUAAGUUCUCCCACAGAGUCAUCGAUAUUGUCCCGCACGACGAUUAUGUGUUGAUUAGUGUUCAACCCACCGAGGGUCCCCAGGUCACCUAUCGCGCGCAAUAUGUCGUCGCUGCCGAAGGUGGGAAAGGCUUCGUCGCACCCAAGAUUGGUGCUGUUCUUGAAGGACCAACCGACAUUGCGGACGUUGUGUCGGUCCACUUCGAGGCGGACCUGUCCCAGUAUUGGGACGAGCGAACCUUGAUUGCGAAUUACAUUAAUCCCGAGGGCGAGACAAUUCUGGGGAGUGGCACAGUCGUUUGCAUGGGCCCCACCUUUGGACGGUACUCUGAAAACUGGACCAUUCACUUUGGAUUCCGUGUCGAUGAUCCAGCUCGAUUUACCCAAGCCCAGGAGCAUUUACUGAUCCCGAGAAUUCGAGAGUUGCUCAAAAUUCCCGACCUUCAACUCAAGGUCCAAGCGGUUAGUCACUGGGUCCUGGAGCGUGUGUUGGCCAACAAGUACAGAGAAGGGAGGAUCUUUAUUGCUGGCGACGCCGCGCACCGACGUCCACCAACCACUGGCUUAGGUCUCAACACUUCGAUCGAGGAUGCAUACAACCUCUCCUGGAAGCUUGCGCAAGUGAUCAAAGGGACCGCUUCGCCCAGACUUCUCGAUACCUAUGAGCAAGAGAGACGCCUUGUUGGAAAGCGAAAUUGCGAUUGGGGAUUGAUGACAUUCUCCAACCAAGCCAUCAUUGCCGCUGCGGUAGGUUUCGCCCCCGGACAACGAGAACUCAACCGCGCGCGAAUGGAAGCCUUGGUGGAAGAGUCUGACAUUGGUGAAACGUUCCGUGCUCAGUUGAGAUACCUCAUCAAGAGCCAAAUGACCGAAUACUCUGCCUUGGACCUUGAACUCGGGUUUAGCUACUGGCGAGGCGGCGCAUUGGUCUCGGACGGCACUGAGAGGCCCCCGAUUGACCCCCUGGGCCAAACAUAUGUCCAAACAAGCCGACCGGGUCACCGACUUCCCCAUGUCUGGCUUGAAGAGAGGGAUGAUCGUGCUCAGCAUGUCCUGUCGACGCAUGACCUCAUCAAGAAGACGGAUGACUACUUGCUUAUUACUGACCAUUAUGGAUCUGCCUGGAUCGACGCCCUCGGGAAAGUUGUGGGAGAGCUGAAAGUUAAUGUCCGGAUUGCUCAGAUCGGCCCGCUGGCUUCGGGACUUCGCCCUUGCGCGUAUGUUGACCGCGACGAUCGCUGGCCUCGAGAAUCGCAGCUUCGGAGAGGAGGGGCCAUUCUCGUGCGUCCGGACAACUUUGUGGCCUGGCGACAAUUGGAUGGGAGUCUGCGUCAUGGAGAGGAGGCUGUUGAGGCGCUCAGGGUCUUGCUCGGUGAUACCGUCGGCCAGGACAUUCCCACCGACCCCUACGAUCCCAAUGGGUUCGUGUCCCAACAAGCAAAGGCUGGUCUGACCAACGGUGUCACCGUGGGGGACGAUGCCAUCACCGCCAGCGCCACCAAUCGAGUCAAGAUCAGCCGCGCUACCGUGGCAGGAUCUCGUGCAGGGCAAUUCCAGCGGUAUGACUCCCAUGGAGACUAGAAUAGAAUUGAAAUCGGCCUGUCAGAGUCGAU